GAGAUUGUUACACUACUGCUACUGAUCUACUUGUUAAUUAAAAUUACGUCAAUCAUUAGGCGGUUACUACUCGGAUUUUCCAGUCGCCGAUAUACAACUUUAUUACCAGUUUUGGUGUUUUUUUUUAUAAUUUGUACUGAUAACAAGCUUUGAGAAUGGUCCGUUCUCAUCAUAUAGAAGGCUAUGAUAAUUUUGUCAAUUUUAUGAAGAAGUUCAAGGCACAAGGAACUGUAGUUUGUAUAUAUUUUGGUGGUGCUGUAGAGGAAGCAACUGGUGAAAGUUGGUGUGAUGAUUGUGUAAGGGCAUGGCCUGUGAUAAGUAAAGUACUUGAGACAUUAGAUGACAGUGUGGAUUUCAUACAUGUUGAAGUAGGAGACCGACCAACAUGGAAAGACCCAAAUUGCUCCUUCCGUAAGGAUCCCACCACAAAACUGCUUGUGUUACCAACUUUGGUAAAAUGGAAAACACCAAAAAGACUUGAAGGUCCUCAAUGUGAAAAAGAGUUUUUGGUCAAGAUGCUGUUGUGUGAUGAUGAUGAUGAAGAUUAGAGAUAUAGAGAUUAUGUACUUGAUUUUUUUAUAUGAUUAUUAGAUACCAAUAAGCUGAAAGAUUAACUUUGUAUUUACUAUAGUAUUUUCGGAUAUGUAAAUAAAUGUUUUGCACUCUUUGCAAUUUU